GCGCCCGGCCCAGAGCGGCGCCGGGGCGAGCGGAGGCCGCGGCGGGGACGGCGCGGGGCCGGGAAUGGGGGGCCCUCCGCGGCUGCGGCCGCUGCUCCUGCUCCUGCUCUUGGCCGCGCCCUUCGCCUCGCCAGAGCCGCAGAACGGCCAGGAGCGCGAGCCGCCGCCGCCGCCUCAGCAGGACCAGCCGAAGCCGCCGCCGGCGCAGCCCGCCGCGCAGGGGCCGGAGCUCGCCAGGGCCGAGAAUGGACCUACUCAAGUUGCCCCAGAUCAUUCUGUUAGUGGAGACUCUAUAGAUAAGACUAACCUGGGAUUUAUCCAUGCGUUUGUGGCUGCCAUAUCAGUCAUCAUUGUCUCUGAACUUGGAGAUAAGACUUUUUUCAUUGCCGCCAUCAUGGCAAUGCGUUACAACCGCUUGACAGUGCUGGCUGGUGCUAUGCUUGCCUUGGGCUUGAUGACAUGUUUGUCAGUUUUAUUUGGCUAUGCUACCACAGUUAUCCCUAGAGUAUACACAUACUAUGUGUCAACUGCACUUUUUGCAAUUUUUGGCAUCCGAAUGCUUCGGGAAGGCUUAAAGAUGAGCCCAGAUGAAGGUCAAGAAGAACUGGAGGAAGUUCAAGCAGAACUCAAGAAGAAAGAUGAAGAACUCCAGAGAACAAAGUUGUUAAAUGGGCCUGGAGAUGUGGAAACAGGAGCAGGCCCCAGCUUGCCUCAGAAGAAAUGGCUACAUUUUAUUUCUCCAAUUUUUGUGCAAGCUUUUACUUUAACGUUCUUAGCAGAAUGGGGAGACCGCUCUCAAUUAACCACAAUAGUUCUGGCAGCAAGAGAGGAUCCCUGUGGUGUGGCCGUUGGUGGGACAUUCGGACAUAGUUUAUGCACUGGUCUAGCCGUGAUCGGAGGAAGAAUGAUAGCACAAAAAAUCUCAGUUCGGACAGUGACAAUCAUAGGAGGCAUUGUUUUCUUAGCAUUUGCAUUUUCUGCACUAUUUAUAAGCCCAGAUGCUGGAUUUUAACAGGAUGUUUCCCAAUUUCCAUGAAAAGAAUAAGGACUAGAAGCAACAAACCUAUCCUUGAUAUUCUGUAUAUAAUGUACAGCUUUAGUGAAAUGAACAUUGAAGAUGAGAUGCUGCAACUCCUAUGGUAACCAUUUGGGACACUCUGUGAAUACUUUUUUUUUUUUACAUGGGAUGCUCAUAGAGUGUGCUCUGGCUCAGGCAAACUGAGAUCUGUCUCCUGAAAUACUACAGGGAUUGCUACUCCCAUCUCUUCACCACCACUGGCUAUAAUUCUAGAUGAAUGAAUUGCUGCUGCUGCUGUGUGGCUAGCACUUACGCCUUACCAACUCCAGUGUAAACUAUUAGAGAGAACUCUGUCAAGCACAUCAUUCCACAAUCAUAUAUCAGAGCUGAGUGAACCGUGAAGCUGGUCAUGCGACUAACCAUGGUUGGGGAUGGGGAGAGAAUCAGGAUAUUACUGAUUCGGAAUGCAAUGUUUUCAAUGUAUAAUCCAUCAAGUUGUUUACCGGAUCCAAACUUGUUUUGUAUUAUGACCCCCAAAUGAUCUGCAUUUCCAAAUUAAAUUACUUACUGCAUUCAUCAUCAUUUUAAUAACUGAAAAACAUAAUAUGAAAAAGUUAGAUGCAACUGUUUUACUAAAUUUAGAAGAAAAUAUUAAUAGAAGUAAAUUAUUGCCAUUUGGUUUUGGUUUCUUAUCUAUGCUAAUUCCUGACCACUUGGGGAAACUAGUUUUAUUACAUCUUAAUUAAUUGUAGACUCUCCCUGCAAGUCUUUCACAGCCACUACUGUAAAUGAAUUUUGUAUUUGUUGAGUAGUUUGAAAUCAAGAUUAAGGACCACAAGGUCAAAUUAUUCAAACUCUGCUAUAAGACUUUGUAGUAACUUGGUACUCAACUAGUUUCCAGUAUAAGCACCAGCUGUAGAAUUUUAAGGAAUAGAUCAGUGAUUUGAAACAAACAUCUUUCCCAAAUAAUUUAACAGCUCUUAAUGGCUUAAGCACACCGUCUUACAACUGCCAAGUAAAAGAUGUGAUUAAAUAGCCAAAGAGAACAUGUUGCUGUGAUAGCCCAACAUGAAAAAAAAUACUUGAAAAAUAAAUUCAAUUAUGUUUAA